UUACUUUUGAUGGCUAAAAAAAUAUCCUAUUUUGAUCAUAAUAGUGUCGGGUUUAAAGUUUUUGAGUGCUAUGAUCUGGAUAAUUAUGACCAGACACCAAAAAGCUCGCGGGUCCAGAAGAAAUUGUUUGCUGACUCCAAUGAUACGGUCUUGCAAGAAGUAUCCUGGAGUGAAGCGCGUUUUACAAACCGUACGUUUCAUAUAAAUAUUGAUGUCAAUAGUACUAAAACCCCUCCGAUGAUUAAGACGCCUUUUCAGCCGUUGGCUCCGACAAAACCGCGGCGAUUCACUGAUAAGACAGAGUUGAAGCCCAAAAAAUUGGUCUUCAAAGAUGUCGAAGAAUCUGAGUCAGACAUGGUAGACCUGUCCGUGAUUUAUGAGGCUAAAACUGGCGAAACAGUUCUUCAUGACCGGCAAUCAUCUUCUUUGAAACAACCAACAGCAGCAAUUAAUAAAAAUGAUUUGCGCAUUAAAGUUAAUCGGAGGAAUAUAAAUGACAACAAGGAAAACAAUAUGCAAUACCAUUACGCUUAUUUUGACGACAAAGAUUUAAGUGGAAACAAUAAAUGUGCAGUUAAAAAAGGAGCCUUGACCCAGAAGAAAAAUUCAAAUAAGCCUGGAGUCAUAAAGCAUUUGAGAGUAUAA